CCCCGCCCCUCUCCGCCCACCCCGCCCCCUUUUGCUCGCGCGUCACACCGCCCGCCCAAGUGAGGGCAGAGGGUGAGGCGGGCGGCGGCUUCAGUAGGGGUCACUGAGCACGCUCAGUUUGCACGGGCGCGCUCCAUAACUGCAAAGCCGAAAGUUGCAGCCUCUCCCCUUGCUUCUCCCGGAGGCGGCCGGGUGGGCGGGGACGCGCGGCGGGGCCUGGCGUGUUGUUCUGGUUCCGGGGCUCGGCGGCGGCCAUGGCUGUGCUGCUGGAGACCACGGUGGGCGACCUGGUGGUCGACCUGUACACGGAGGAGAGGCCCAGAGCUUGUCAGAACUUUCUGAAGCUUUGCAAAAUCAAGUACUACAACUACUGCCUCAUUCACAACGUACAGAGGGAUUUUAUUAUACAAACUGGUGACCCCUUGGGGACUGGCCGUGGAGGGGAGUCUAUCUUUUGUAAACUCUAUGGUGAUCAAGCUAGAUUUUUUGAGGCAGAAAAAGUGCCAAGAAUUAAGCACAAGAAAAAGGGAACCGUGUCAAUGGUGAACAAUGGCAAUGAUCAACAUGGAUCUCAGUUUCUUAUUACUACAGGGGAAAACCUAGAUUACCUUGAUGGUGUGCACACAGUGUUUGGAGAAGUAACAGAAGGCAUGGAUGUAUUAAAGAAAAUUAACGAGACCUUCGUUGACAAGGAAUUUGUUCCUUAUCAAGACAUCAGGAUAAAUCAUACAGUGAUAUUAGAUGAUCCAUUUGAUGACCCCUCUGGUUUAAAAAUACCUGACUGCUCCCCAGAGCCUAGCAAGGAACAACUAGAUAGUGGCAGAAUAAGAGCAGAUGAAGAAAUUGAUGACUUCAAAGGAAAGUCUGUUGAUGAAGUGGAAGAAAUUCAGGCAGAGAAAGAAGCAAAAACUCAGGCCAUUCUUUUGGAAAUGGUGGGAGAUUUACCAGAUGCAGAUAUCAAACCACCAGAAAAUGUGCUGUUUGUCUGUAAACUGAAUCCUGUGACCACAGAUGAAGACCUGGAGAUAAUAUUUGCACGAUUUGGGCCCAUUAAAAGCUGUGAAGUGAUUCGAGACUGGAAGACGGGUGAAUCUCUUUGUUAUGCUUUCAUUGAAUUUGAAAAGGAGGAAGAUUGUGAGAAAGCCUACUUCAAAAUGGAUAACGUGCUGAUAGAUGACCGGAGAAUACAUGUGGAUUUUAGCCAAUCUGUUGCAAAGAUUAAAUGGAGAGGAAAAGGUGGGAAGUAUACCAAGGAUGACUUCAAAGAGUAUGAAAAGGAAUGUGAUAAACCUUCCAAAUUAACUUUGAAGGAGAAAGUAAAGCUAAAUCAAGACGCAAAGUAUGACCUUGUGCUGGAUGAGGCGACAGAGGAGGCUAGAGCAAGUCACCUACACUCAGGUAAAAAACACAAGAAGAAAAAGCACCGCCAUUCUGACUAUGAAGAGGAUGACAAGAAGACCAAAAAAUCCAAGGACUCUGACCGACGAUAUGAAGAAGAAUGCUGUAGAGAGAAAAGGAAGAGUGAAAAGAGAGACCGACAUCAAAGUCGCAGUCGCAGCCAGUCUCGGGACAGAGACAGCCACUACAGUUCCAGCAAAUCUAAAGACAAAUACCGAGGAGAGCUUUGGGAAAGAGAGCGUGAUAAAAAGAGAGACAGAAGCAGAAGUCCUAAGAAAUCCAAAGAUAAGGAGCGGUCCAGAUACAGAUGAUUUCCCCUUCUCUUUUUAUAUUUGUAUAAUGCAUUGGAAACAACUGUGAGGGUACCAGAGCAAAGCUGUUUGCCAGUGCUGCUUGAUCUUUCAGUUCCAGGAGUGCCCAGUGUAAUGUGUAACCUUUGAUAGCGUAGAACACUACUUGGUUCUGGAUGACUGUCUCAAUAAAGGAUUUUGUAUUUUA